AUGUCAAUGGUAGCCUCUUCGAGACACUCUGCCUUUAUACUGCCUUCGCUAUGGAAAAACCAAGGGGCCUUGAAAGAGGGUAAGACAACGUUUCAGACUUGGGCUCGGCAAAAGAGGGACUUCAGGCUGGGACCAGUGCGAGAAUAUUCAUGUGUCAGGUUGGGGAUUGUGUUGCUGUUGGUGAUUUUCCUGCCAAGCUUGUACUGUGACCCUGGAUCUGUAUAUUACUCUUCUUAUGAAACAGUCAUCCCCAAGGGUCUGACAGUCAAGGGAAGGGAAGACCCAGGGGAAAAGGCAUCCUAUAUGCUAUUAAUGCAGGGCCAGAAACAGGUGAUUCACCUGAAGGUGAAGAGAGACUAUUUUGUGAAUAACUUCCCAGUCUUCAGCUACCACAAUGGUGUCCUGGGGCAAGAAACGCCUUUCAUCUCGCAUGACUGUCACUAUGAAGGCUACAUAGAAGGAGUCCCAGGUUCUUUUGUUUCCCUCAACACCUGUUCAGGCCUCAGGGGCAUCCUGAUUAAGGAGGGGAAACCCUAUGGCAUUGAGCCCAUGGACACUUCAAAACGGUCUGAACAUGUACUGUACACCAUGGCACACCAAGCUCGAGUCUCCUGUAGUGUCACCUCCAAAGGCAGCCAAGUGGUGUCCACCAGCCGGCAACAAGGGAGCAGGAAGCCUCGAAGUCUACAGGCACUGUCCUCCUUUUGGUCACACACCAAGUACGUGGAGAUGUUUGUCGUGGUCAACAACCAGCGGUUCCAAAUGUGGGGCAGUAACGUCAAUGAGACAGUCCAGAGAGUAAUGGACAUCACUGCUCUGGCCAACAUCUUCAGUCGGGAAAUAAACACCGAGGUGGUGCUGGCUGGAAUGGAGAUUUGGACCGAGGGGGACCUCAUAGAAGUCCCAGCGGACUUGCGAGUUACACUCAGGAAUUUCAAUAGCUGGAGACAGGAGCAGCUCUUCCAUCGUGUGAGGCACGAUGUUGCCCACAUGAUCGUGGGACAUCAUCCUGAAGAGGACAUGGGACAGGCAUUUCUCAAUGGUGCCUGUUCAAGAGGCUUUGCAGCAGCUGUUGAAGCCUUCCAUCAUGAAGAUGUCCUCCUGUUUGCAGCGCUCAUGGUCCAUGAGCUUGGGCACAACUUGGGUAUUCAGCACGACCACUCGGCCUGCACUUGUAAAGAUAAACGCUUUUGCCUCAUGCAUGAAAAUAUCACUAAAGACAGUGGCUUCAGCAACUGCAGCUCUGACCACUUCUAUCAGUUCCUGCGGGAACACAAAGGGGCCUGCCUAUUUAACAAGCCUCGGCCCAAAGGUCGCCUGCGUAGGCAAGCCACGUGUGGGAAUGGCGUGUUGGACUACAAUGAGGAGUGUGACUGUGGACCUGACUGUGGUAAUAACCCAUGCUGUGACCAAACAUGUAGGCUGAAGGAGCAUGCACAGUGUAGUGAUGGACUAUGCUGUUUUAAUUGCCAGUUGAGACAUAAGGGCUUCAUGUGUCGUUCUGCUUUUGGAGAGUGUGACCUCCCAGAGUAUUGUGAUGGUACUUCUGGAGAAUGCCCCAGAGACCACUAUAAGCAAGAUGGUACAUCGUGUGAUAUAAUUCACUAUUGUUUUAUGGGCCGGUGUAAGAACCCUGAUACUCAGUGCAUGGAUAUAUAUGGGUUCCCUGCAAGGUCAGCCCCAGAAGACUGUUAUAUUUCUAUGAACACCAAAGGGACCCGGUUUGGAAACUGUGGCUUUGGGGCCUCACCUAGUUCAAAAUAUGUUAAGUGUUUUGAUGAGAAUAUAUUUUGUGGGAAACUUGUAUGUACAAAUAUUAGACAGAUACCAGCAAUCAAACACCACCAUACAUUGAUCCAGGUCCCUCAUGAAAAAGACUUCUGCUGGAGCAUGGAUGCCUAUAAUGAUACUGAUAUCCCUGAUGACGGAGAUGUGGACACCGGCACCCUUUGUGCCCCACACAAAGUCUGCGUGAAUUACUCCUGCAUUGAUCGUGCUGUGUUCAAGUAUGACUGUGAACCAAAAGAAAUGUGUAAUGGGAGAGGAGUUUGCAAUGAUUUAAGGCACUGCCAUUGUGAGGAGGGCUAUGCCCCCCCUGACUGCAAAGCUCCAGGAAAUGGGGGUAGUGUGGACAGUGGUGCCCCCGGCAAAUCACCUAAUGAAAAUCUAAGUGCAGGAGGAAGUGGCAUUAUUACUAAACGUAAGAAUGAAAUGAACAUUAUUGGCAAGGUAAUUUUCAUACUCCCCGCAUUUCUUUUACUAUUAUUGUUGAUUUUAAUACUUUUCAUUAGCCUUAGGGCUGGAAUUGAGUCAAUAGAGACGCCAGGAGGCUCCUCAGAGGAGACCUCAGAGACCACAGAGACUACUGAGGACACACAGGACUUAGGAAAUAAACCCGCGGAUAUUUCAGAGAUGGGUCCAGAGGAGACUCCAAAGGAAGCCCCCCAACCACAGGAGGAGCCCCCACCGCAGGAGGCCCCUCCACCGCAGGAGGAGCCGCUACCCCAGGAGGCUCCUCAACAACAGCAGGCCCCUCAACAACCGGAAGCCCCACCCCCCGAGGCCCCCCCGCUCCCCGAGGCCCCACCCCCCCCGGAGGCCCCCCCGCCCCCGGAGGCCCCUCCGCCCCCGGAGGCCCCCCCGCCCCCGGAGGCCCCCCCGCCCCCGGAGGCCCCACCGCCAGAAGUCCCAGGAGCUCCUGCACCAUAA